UAUAUUAAAUCAUUAUGAAAUGUACUGUAGGUGAAUUUUUUUACAAACUAUUUAUUGAGUAGUUCCAGUUAAGUUGAUUCGAAAAAAAAUGGAAGUUAUUAAUUUUUAUCUGGUGAGUAUUUUUUUAUCAUAUUAUGUUAAAUUAAGCAUAGCCCCUGCAGCUAUAGGAAUGGCGAGUUCAACGUAUACUUCAAUGAGUCCAGUUGCUGCCAAUAAAAAUUUAUGUGGUGGUAAAUCAAACGCCUUAAGUGUUUCAUCUACUAGUGGUUUAACUAGUAAAAAUCAACAACCUUUGAAGACUAGUAGUUCGAGUACAACAAUGAUAUCGGCAAAAAAAAACUCUGAUGAACAUAGAGCUGAUCUUAAUAAUUUAACAGAUAAAUCCGACGAUAAUCCGGGUGAAUCUAAUACACCUUCAUUCCAACUGUAUAAUGCUACAGCCGGUGUUUUCAAUUCUUUAUUAGAAAAUUGGUUAAAUAAUAAAGAGGAACUAGAAAAAGUAGCAAAAAGUCUCGGGAUUCCGGAUGAUAUUGUUCAAACAGUGAAUGGUUCAAUGACACAACUAUUCGAGUUUCAACGUAAAAAAAAUGAUAUAAAAAUAGACAAUUUAUCAAAUUUAUUCUAUUACAUGUUCGACAUAAAACACAUGAGUGAAAGAGAUGACGUGAACGUCAUUGAAAAUACCUUGAAGAAUUUGAAAUCAAAAAUAAAAUUUCAAGAUAAGCUGAAUUCGAUUGGUGGAGGUUUGAACAAUGGAAUUGAAAGUCUUGUUAAUAGUUUAAAACUUGUGGUAAAUGAUCUUGAAAAAAAUACUCAUAAUUUGAGUUAUAUUAUGGUUAAUACAGUGUUGAUGAAAGGCAUGAUGCUGAUAAAAGAAUCGAGUGAAAAUGAUUUGAAAAAAAUGAUAAGCGCGUUAGAUAGUGGUUAUUUAAACGAAGUUAGAGAAAACCAAUUCGAAAUAAAAAGAUCAUCGAUAGACCAAAAUCACGUACAAUUAAUUAAAAAUGUAAUGCCUAUUAUAUUUGGCAUAUUGUACACCCACAUCGAAUUAUUAACCGAGUUGAAUAGCCAUACAAUGAAUGGAAAUCAAGUGAAAAAAAUAAAUAGUUUGAAUAAAUUUUUUUCAGAGAUUAUGAAUAUCUUUAUAAACCGUUAUUUCAUUUUCGGAAAUAAUGAAAAAAAAACAGAGUUACAAUCAAUACAACAAUUGUUGGAAAUGUUGGACCCACCUGAAAAUAUGGAUAACGGGAACACUCCAGACUCAAAAUCAAAAAUAAUUACAUCAACGUUUUUAGAUACAACGGAAAAAGCGAUCGCUGAAGUAUUGAAUCUAGUUGGAAAAAACGAUGUAAGCGAUUGGAAAAAAAACAAUGUUUUCAAAAUCGAUUACCAAAAAGGCGAAGAUAAAGAUUAUUAUAUGAAACAGUUAAAUAUUAACGCCGAAUUACUUUAUAAUUUGUUAGGGUCAUUUGAAAAUCGUUUAUUAACAUCAAUCGAAUUUAUAAAAGAUAAUAAUAUGUAAUAAUAUUAUGUUAUAAUACAUUUAACAUUUACAUAUGUCUUAAAAUUCCAAUUUAUAAUGUACUUGUCAAUCUCAGUUAAUUUAUUUAGGUAAGAAUAAUUUUGUUAAACACAGUCCACUUAACCGUAUACUGAUCUCUUGUAACUGCAGUUGUAACAACAACUCAAAUUUUGAUUUUUUUUCUAUAACUAUUAUGUUAACAAAUUGAAGAUAUACACGUACUAAUCACUAACUUUAAUUUUUUUUCUUUCAUUAUUUAAUAUUUGAUUUUGGCAUGUAUCAUUAUUCCUUUAAUCUAUUACUAAACCAUGAUCUAUCUUUAUCACAUUGUAUAAAAAUCUUAUUAUACCUACUCUAUAUAUGUUGUUAAUUGUAUGCAUGCUGUAAUUUUUAUUGUUCUAUGUUUAUUUAUUUCUAUACCUAAUUACCCCUCGAGGGUGUCACUAAAUAAAUAAAUAAAUAUACAUCAUUAUAAUAAAAGUGACGAGGUUGUGGAUUAGAGCCAUUUAAAUUUUGUAGUUUAAGUCAUUUUUUUAAAAAAAAAAUUUAACAUUUCCCCAAUUAUUAUAUUUAUUUAUUGAUAUAGUUAUUAAUAAAUUAUGAUCACAAAA